AUCUUAACAACUCAUACUUACCUUGCGGGCGUGUUCCCCUUCACGUACCUGGGAAUACGGGCCGUGGGGGCUCUCCAUAGCACGGCGACCCUGUCCGCAGAGGGCCCCUGCGGUUUGUAUGGGCUUCGGCUCAUGCACUCGCUAAAUAUUUCCCUGUCCUGCUUCGGC